AUGGACAAGGUGGCAUCCACUGAUGCACGCAGCAUGGAGCCAAUGGCUCUAGAAGAGAUAUCCAGAAAAAUAUCAGAUCUAGACAAGUGGCGGAAGAUCUUUCACGUCGGUGGGUUGGAAAUGAGCCAUAAAACUCAUCAGAAGUUCCAAGACCACAAACUGGACAAUGAUAAAGAGGAUACCGCUGCAGUAUCCCAAACUACAAAUCCACUAAACCAGAGCCAGUUUGCAUCCAAUAUUCUUUAUUCCAUUCCCAAAGCUCUCAAAGUCUCAUCAAACCUAGGAGGGAAGCCCAUCUCACUGGAAAUGGCUGUGGGACUACGGAGGUUGUUAUUUGGAAGCACAUUCCAAAUUUUCAGCUAUGAAUGGAAAAAAUCAUAUUUCAGAUACCAUGAUCCAUAUACUGACUUGGCCUAUGCCCUGGAAACAGAUAAGGGAGGAGCAGCAGCAGUUCAGAUGGCUGUUCAGGUCAACAUAAUUAAAUACUUAUUGUUUGUACGCAAAGGACACAAUUGUAACAUCUAUAUUUUAUGUGAGAUAAGUCAAACAGAGCAAGAAAAGGCUCUUGCAUCAGCUCUGGCUGGGAUUCUGUGGAAAGCGGGGGAAGGUCAGAAAGCUACUGUCUGUCUUGUCACCAAUGACACAUAUUUUACUCCAAGCAUAGACUACAAAGUGGAUCACUUUACUGAAAAAGUGCAACUUUUUGACUUUUUUGAGAAAGAAACAGCUCAGCAAUUUCUCUGUGAUCACAUACACUAUCUGAAUUGUGACGGAAGCCAUGGGGUGAUCUUAUUUCUAUAUAGCUUGCUUUUCUCAAGGACAUUUGAGCGGCUUCAAAAAGACCUAGAUUUCACAACAGCCCAUUUGUUACAAUGCAGACUUGGAGACUUCAUCUGUAGACAAGCAAUUCUGAAUCUCAUUUUAACAGGAAGAGCAAGCCCACAUGUGUUUAAUGGGUUCCAGAAGAUUGACACUGAAGGCAGUGUGCAAAAGCUGAGUCAUGGAGUCUUAUCCCGCAGUGAUGUAGGCUAUUUACACUGGAGCAAGGAAGAAGUGGAACAUUAUAGUCUUCUGCAGGUUGGCAGUAUGCUGAAGACCCCUAAAUUGCCUAUAUGGUUGUGCGAUAUCAAUGGAACCUACAGUGUUCUUUUCAGCACCAACAGGUUGCUCUUGUCGGACUGGAAAAUGGAACAUCUCUUUGACUUGUAUUUUUAUAAUGCGCAGCCCUCGCAAAAGACAACGGUGCAUCUAACAAUAGACACUCAUUCUCAUCACUGGGAAGAGAAGCAGAGUGACACGGACAAUGAUCUGGAAAAAAGGUUCCCUUCUAUCGAGAUGGCAAUCCGAACUAAGUGGGAAGGUGCUGUGAUCAACUGGAAUGGAAUGGUCCCAUUUUAA